AUGGGUGAUCGCGAACGCGAAGUAGAGAGCAGUGAAGGCAUCGCGAUCGCGGAGGGAAGUCGCGAUCUCGAAGAAGGGAGGGCCUAUCCAGAUGCUACAGAAUCAUCAUCUUCAGAAGAAGAGGAGCAAGGAAAGAGACCAUCAAAAAAGAAGCCAAAGCUCACUGUUCAUGAAAUUUUUCAAGGUAAAGUAAAGACUACAACUUUUUCUAGCAAAUUGCCAUCUGGGGUUCGUAAAAGAAAAUGGGGAAAAUAUUGUGCUGAAAUUAGAAACCCAUUUAACAAGAAAAGAAUUUGGUUGGGUACUUUUAUUACUGCUGAAGAGGCUAUUCAAGUUUACCAGUCUAAGAAACUUGAGUUUGAGGAAAAAAUGAAGGAGGCUAAAAUUGCAAAAAUGGCCAUUUUUGAAAAAUCUGAAAUUGAGACUCAGACUUCAGAUUCAUCAAAUGGGGUUGAGGAAAAAAGCAAUAAUUCUAGUGCAAGGGAAGAACAAGAAAUUGGGAAUAAUAGUGAUGAAGAAUUGUUGAUGGGGCAGUGGAUCCAAAUUUCAGAUGAUAAAGAAGUUUAUAUUUCUGUGAAAUUAGGGGUUCCAGUUAUUGAUAAUUAUGGAUUUUUGUUAGGUGAAUUUAGUGAAUUAGAUGAUCUUAGUAUUUCUAUUACGACUGUUGACGAGGCCAAGAGAUUCUAUCCUUUGUUUGGACUAUUCUCAGGUCGCACAGUGAAGUACUUUUCUAGCCUGAGAAGCUCUUUGGGUCCUGGAGUUGAUGGUUGGGCCAUCUCUCUGAAAGCGAUGAUGAGUAUUGUAGUGUUGAUGGGUGGGGCAAUCUGUUUCUUUUACUGGUGGGUGAAUAGAAAUAUUACUGGAUGGUAG